CAAAAAUGUCGCCUCUUGCAUUGUGAAGCUGUGGAUCCGUUGUAAACAAAUAUCUUUUUUGCAGUGAAAAACACUGAGAACGUCAGGAUGAAGGUGGUCAAUUUGAAACAAGCCAUUCUUCAGGCAUGGAAGGAGCGUUGGACUGACUACCAGUGGGCAAUUAAUAUAAAGAAAAACUUUCCAAAGGGAGCAACAUGGGACUACCUUAACCUUGCAGAGGCCCUGAUGGAGCAGGCGAUGAUUGGCCCCUCUCCUAACCCCCUUAUUUUGUCUUACCUCAAAUAUGCCAUAAGUUCCCAGAUGGUGUCUUAUUCCAGUGUACUCACAGCUCUCAGCAAGUUUGAUGAUUUUUCUCGAGAGCUGUGCGUCAAGUCACUGUUGGAGAUGAUGGAUAUGUUCUGCCAUCGUCUCAGCUGUUACGGGAAAGCAGAGGAAUGCAUUGGGCUGUGCCGGGCUCUGCUUGGGGUGGUGGUGUGGCUGCUGCAGGGCUGUGCCUGGUACUGUGAGAGGCUGAGGGAACUGGGCCUAUCACCCAGCACGGAGGCCAUUCUGAGAGCCUGCCAGGAGAGGCUACACAUUCUGAUGUGCAGCACCAAAAACAGAGCCCUUGUCCACAUCGCUCGGUUGGAGGAUCAAGGUUCCUGGAGCAAUGUGGAGCAAGCAAUGCUUAAAGUGACCGAUGGCCUCAGCAGCGUGCCUAACCAGACUCUGAGGACUAAAUUAGAGGAAAGUGUGUCAUUGGUAAAAGGUAUUCCCGUGAUGCUGUCUGUGCAGAGUGACCCUCCAGUCCACGCCUCCUUCCCAUCAGUCCAUGCCUUCAUAAUGCUUGAAGGGACCAUGAAUUUGACAGGCGAGACGCAACCACUGGUGGAGCAGCUGAUGAUGAUCAAAAGGAUGCAGCAAAUCCCUGCUCCUCUUUUUGUGUUGGAGAUAUGGAAGGCCUGCUUCACCGGCCUCAUCGAGUCACCAGAGGGCACAGAAGAGCUUAAAUGGACUGCCUUCACAUUCCUUAAGAUACCACAAGUUCUACUCCGACUUAAGAAGUAUCCUCAGGGUGAUAAAGGACAGGACUUCAUGGAGGAUGUGAAUAUUGCAUUUCAGUACUUACUCAAGCUCACACCACUGCUGGACAAAGCUGACCAAAGAUGCAACUGUGACUGUCUCGGCAUGUUGCUACAGGAGUGCAACAAGCUUGGCCUGCUGUCUGAUUCAAAUACUUCCACCCUCACAUCAAAACGGACCGAGGACAGGGAGUUCGCCCCAAGGCUAAAGACAGCAGAAAAUGCCAACAUCCAGCCUAAUCCCGGUCUCAUCCUGAGAGCUGAACCUACUGUCACCAAUAUCCUCAAGACAGUAGAUGCUGACCACUCUAAGUCUCCUGAGGGCCUUCUCGGGGUUCUUGGUCACAUGUUGUCUGGGAAGAGCCUCGAUCUGCUCCUGGCAGCAGCGGCUGCCACUGGGAAACUCAAAUCCUUUGCCCGGAAGUUCAUUAAGCUUAAUGAGUUUCCCAAGCACAUCAGCGGCGAAGGAUCUAAAUCUGCAUCAGUACGGGCCCUGCUUUUCGACAUCUCCUUCCUCAUGCUCUGCCACGUGGUGCAGACAUAUGGCUCUGAGGUGAUCCUGUCAGACCCCAGUCCCUCAGGUGAGACGCCCUUCUUUGAAACAUGGCUGCAGACGUGUAUGCCUGAAGAGGGCAAGACUCUGAACCCAGACCACCCCUGCUUCAGACCUGAGCCUGGCAAAGUAGAGAGCCUGGUGACCCUGCUCAACAACUCCUCAGAGAUGAAGCUAGUUCAGGUGAAAUGGCACGAAAUCUGCCUCAGCACUCCAGCGGCUAUCUUGGAGGUUCUGAAUGCGUGGGAGAAUGGUGUGCUAUCUGUGGAAGCAGUACAGAAGAUCACUGACAACAUCAAGGGCAAAGUGUGUAGUAUGGCGAUCUGCGCUGUAGCCUGGCUGGUGGCCCACGUCAGGAUGCUAGGGCGGGAUGAGAGGGAGAAGCCCCAGACUAUGAUCCGACAACUUGUGACCCCACUGUACGGGGAGAACACCCUGCAGUUUUACAAUGAACGGGUUAUAAUUAUGAGUUCCAUCAUGGAGCACAUGUGUGCCGACGUCUUCCAACAAACAGCUGCGACUCUGCGUCCCCCAGUUGAGGGCCAGGAACCGAUCCCCUACCGCAACCUGCUGCCGGCCAAGGAACCCAUCCACACAGCCCUUAGCAAGCAGUUCCAGACAGUGCUACGCAAAGGCUGGGUAGACAGCCGAGCCCUGCAUCUGUUUGAGAGUCUUCUCAACAUGGGAGGGGUCUUCUGGUUCACUAACAAUUUGGUGAAGGAGCUGCUGAAGGAGACUCGACAGGAGUGGGCCAAUCGAGUGGUGGAGUUGCUCUACAGUAUCUUCUGCCUGGACACUCAACAGAUCACCCUCACCCUGCUGGGUACCAUACUGCCCAACCUGCUCACAGACUCAGCCCACUGGCAAAGCCUUGCAGACCCACCUGGCAAAGCACUGGCCAAGCUGUCUGUGUGGUGUGCACUCAGCUCUUAUUCCUCUCACCACAAAGGCUUGUUCUCCGCUCAUCAACGCAAAAGGCAGCGGGAAGAUAUUGAGGACUACAGUAGCCUCUUUCCCUUGGAUGACACUCAACCCUCUAAACUAAUGCGUCUGCUCAGCUCCAAUGAAGAUGAGCCUGUAGCCCUUUCCAGUCCAGGAGAUCGAUCAAUGAGCAGCUCCCUCUCUGCCUCCCAGCUUCAUACUGUCAACAUGAGGGACCCUCUUAACCGAGUCCUGGCCAACCUUUUCCUCCUCAUUUCCUCCAUCCUUGGCUCCAAGAUGGCAGGACCUCACACCCAGUUCGUACAGAGCUUCAUGGAGGAGUGUGUCGAUUGCCUGGAGCAAGGAAGUCGUGGAAGCAUUCUGCAGUUCAUGCCCUUUACAAUGGUCUCUGAGUUGGUGAAGCUGCCUGCUUUGGCCAAACCUAGAGUGGUCCUGGCUAUCACUGACCUGACUCUGCCGCUGGGGAGGAGAGUAGCUGCCAAAGCCAUCUCUGCUUUGUAAAACUGAGUUUAAAUUUCUAUCAGUAUCAGUACUGGAUCAUCCAUUCUGUUGGCAAAUAACAUUUUUAUGAUCAUGUCUCUGUAAAGACUGUUUUUUAUGUCCUUUUUCACUCUUAAAAAAUGUGUAAAUAAUUUUUAGAAUUAA